UCCAGUGGCAGAGUUGGUCCUUUAUUAAAAGUACAUUGUUCACACAGGACUCAAAAACCCACACAAAUCUUCAAACAACCUGAUUCAUUCCUAAUGUGGAAAGCAGCCUGAGGACAAAAAGUCUGAAAACAAUUUUGGGCAUCAGUUUCACAAUAUAGAGUAUACUGCUAAAAGGCAAAUGCCAUGCUCUCGCCUUCAGGAAAGCAUUUAUUUUUUAACACAGAUGUAAGACAUCUCCCAUUUGGUUCCAGGAUACUCAGCCUGCCUUCUCUUUCUGUGUUUGCUGUCUCCAUAGCAACAAACUUCUCUAUUUCCUCUCCACUGCUGCCUGUGCUGUUAUGUGGCCAGGUGUGCUGUGUUAUGUAGGGACCUACAUGCCAUCCUUUUGACAUACUAACCUGUGUCCUAAUAGACCUGCUGAUAUCCUUGGUUAAGAACAUUUGACACCAGGUAAAGCAUGAAGGGAACAGACCCCGUGCAGGAUAAAUGGAAACAAACGGGCUGGAAGAUAGAGCAGAAGUAUCCAUGCAAGGUGCUGGUAGGAAACUGGGCAGAAGACAGACUUAAGUUCACUCAGGAGCCAACGACAGCCAACAGCACCAAUCGUGUAGACUACCGGCCCCACUGGGACUUCAAGCCAGACGUUUCUGAGAGAGGAUCGGCCCUGCUGAGAGCUGAGGGGCUUCCAUCCAAACUUCUAUUUGCCUAUGUUGGCCCACCACCCUAUCAUUACUCUGUCACGCAGUAUGGAGAGAGCUAUGGGCGGAAGCACAACAAUGCUUUGCCCACUCUGCGACCCUGCCAUCCCGGCAGCUUGACAUGGCAGCUUGAAAGGACUGAACAGCCAAUUUCUGCCAACUUUGACGCGCUGCACUCCACAAAGCAUUGUUUGGAAAAGCAGCAGUCACGCCUCCCAUCGCUGACUGUGUACAGGUCAGUGUACCAGAGGCACCCACUUAGUGCCUUCUGCCAGAGCCGCUCUGCCAGGACCUCACGCAUGCUCUCCAGCCACCUCCACGCAGCCAAUCACAACAACAAGGACCUGGAUCUGAGACGGCGCCCGCUGCUGCAAAUCCCAGAUCAUUGUUUCAGUCAAAGUCCACAAAUGCAACAGGUUUAUAGACAGAACUGUUGCUCUUGAAUUAGACAUGUUAAGUUCACAUGACAGAAUGAGAACCACAUUUCUUUCUUUCUUAAAAAUUAACAAAAGGUAAAUUGUCGAUAAUGAUCGUUGUGUGUAUGAAUUGGGAUCAAAAAAGUUUUCUAAUCCUUCUCUAAUCUAAAUGGGUUAUCAUUAACAUUAUACAUGAAAACACACAGAGAUUUUAAGAUUUUACUGAUCACUUUUAAAGCACGUAUGGGUCUGGCUUCUAGCUACAUAAUUUGGGUUGCAAAUUAGACAUGGCUAAAAACCUGCAUGCAUGGCAUAUACUUUGUAUUUUACAUAUGAAGCAAUGCUCUUUGCAUUAAAUAAAAUAAAUAAUUGUUGAUCCAGUAUGAACCAGGCUGCAGCCUUAAGGUGGAGCACUUCUGAUCUUUCCAUUGCUCUGAGAGGAUCCGUCUCUAAAACUCACUUUUAUAGACUUGCUGUUAUGUGAUGAAGUGUUUGUUUUCCCUUUAUAGAAAAUCUUCCAUUCACUUUUUUGGCCCAUCUUAUUGCUUUUUAACCUUGUAAUUUGCCUAAUAUCCUCAAUUUAUUUUAUUGCGUUUUGUUGCCUUUAUUUAUUUUUUAUUGUAUUUAUUUCUCAUUUGUUUUUUUUUAAUCUCUUAAUUACAUCCAUGUUCUUACAUCUUUGGUCCUCUUGUCCUUAGUUUAUGUAACUGGGUGCUUGGGUUCUACUGAUGUUUAGGUUAAUAAUGUUGGAUGGUUGUUAGGGUUCUAAUGAUGUUUAGAUUAAUUAUGGUGGUUGGUUGAGAGGGUUCUAAUGAUGUCUAGGUCAAUUAUGUUGGUUGCUUGUUUUGUUGGUUGGUUGCUUGUUUGGGUCCUAAUGGUGUUUAGGAUAAUUUUGUUGGUUGGUUGUUUGGGUUCUUAUUUUGUUUAGGUUGAUCACGUUGGGGGGUUGUAUGAAUUCCAAUGAUGUUUCAGUUAAUUAUGUUAGUUAGUUUUUUGGGUUCUAAUUAUGUUUAGGUUAAUGUUGUUGGAUGGUUGCAUGGGUUCUAAUGAUGUUUAGGUUUAUUAUGUUGGUUAGAUGGUUGUUUGGGUUCUAAUGAUUUUAAGGCUAAUCAUUUUGGUUGGUUGGUUGUUUGGGUUCUAAUGAUGUUAAGGUUAAUUAUGUUGGCUGUUUUUUUGGGUUCUAAUUAUGUUUAGAUUAAUUAUGUAGGUUGUUUGGGUGCUUUUGCUGUCUUGGUUUUCUGUCAUUUCUUUGGCUUCUUUUGUGUUUGGGUUCUCAUACUUUGGUUGUAUGAUUCUUCUUUUCUGUGUCAACACUUGUUUUUAAAGGUGCUUUAUAACCAUUAAGGAAUAGAUGUAUCAAUACAGUUUUUGAUUGAAAGACCUGGAAUCAUAUUCUAGACAUAUCACACUUUUCAGUCAUUAACUUAAUGUUUUAAUAUUACAUUUUGCAAAUGCAAGAAAGUAGGCCAACACAUAACUGCAUUAUAGUUUGAUAUGUGAAUGAUUAUUUAUUUAUAUAUUUUAGUAAGAUUCUUCUACAAAACACAAUGUAUAAUUAUUGUGGGCUUCAUUUUAAAUGAUACAUUUAUUGGCAUGUCUGCAGAUAUAAAACACGUAUUUUUUUUUUUCCAUGUGCAGAGUUACAAAUAAAAGGUAAAAUAUUAAUCUGACUGAAUGCUUACGUCUAAAUGAAGGGUAGCGGCUCAAAGCAAAAAGCUGGAAUACUCCUAUCUUAGGUUGCCUUCAUGCUGUUUGUUA